GCAACAUACGAAAAUAAUGAUUUUAACUUGAUGUUAUUUUAUGGGGUAUCCAUACUUGCUCAAUUACAUUCGGUUGAUAAAAAAAUAGAGGAAAAAUAUGUGAAUGAAAUUAACUUAGGGUGGAUAAAUACUAAAAGAGCUAUUUUGGGGGUAUAUGAUGUUUUAAGGGAGAUUAAUUCAGAAAGUUGUAUUAUUUAUGGAAAUUCAAAACUGAAUGAAUUAUAUACUUUAAAAUUAGGUUUUGAAAAGGAGGAAGAUUUAGGAACUUCUGAGAGUUCUAAAAGUGAAAAGAAAAUUACAAAUGUAAGUUGUUCUUUUUUAAGAGCGAGGUAA